AUGAGUUACGACACGGCCGUUGAGAGCCAGUCGGUUCCAUCGCGCGGCGGAGCGAUCUCCAUGGAGCAGCACCGGCGCGGACGGCUGCUGAAGCAGCAGCUGCAGCUGGUAGCGCGGAAGACGCCGGACGGCAAGGAGCGCAAGGAAAUCGCGGUGAUCCCGGAAACCCUAUCCUUCGAGAAGGGCUUCUUUCUGUUCAUUCGAGCCGUGCAGCUGCUAACUCAGAACAACGAAGGCAUGGUCCUGGUGGGUCUAGCGGGCCCGUCUGGCGCCGGCAAAACGGUCUUCAGCGCCAAGGUCCUAAACUUCAUGCCUGGCAUCACGGUAAUAUCUAUGGACAACUACAACGUGGCCAGUCGCGUCAUUGAUGGCAAUUUUGAUGACCCGCGAAUUACGGAUUACGAGCUGCUGCUGAGCAACCUGCAGGGGCUGAGGGAGGGUCGCACAGUGCAAGUGCCGAUAUAUGACUUCAAGUGCAGCACGCGCGUGGGGUUCAGAGAAGUGAAGGUCCCCAAGUCGCGCAUCGUGAUUAUAGAAGGCAUCUACGCACUCAGCGAGCGCCUCCGACCUUUGCUCGACUUGCGGGUGUCUAUAACGGGAGGAGUGCACUUUGACCUCGUUAAGAGAGUGCUGCGGGACAUCGACCGAUCGGGGCAGGCGCCAGAGGAGAUCAUACACCAAAUUUCUGAGACGGUGUACCCGAUGUAUAAGGCGUUCAUAGAGCCGGAUCUCCAGACUGCACACAUACGGAUUGUCAACAAGUUCAACCCGUUCUCGGGGUUCCAAGACGCGACUUACAUUCUCAAGGCACCCGAAUCCGACCCUGCCGAAGCUGAGGCUCGGAUCCGGUCCGUGCUGUCUGCUGAGGCAGUGGCAGGCUCGGAGAGCGAGGAGACGUACGACAUCUACCUGCUGCCGCCCGGGGAGGACAAGGAGACGUGCCAGUCGUACCUGAGAAUGCGCAACAGAGACGGGCGCUACUCCCUCAUGUUUGAGGAGUGCGUCACAGACGGUCCCUUUGUGAUAACCCCGCGCAUCACCUUCGAAGUGAGUGUGCGGCUGCUGGGGGGGCUGAUGGCGCUGGGCUACGAGAUGGCGCACAUCCUCCGCAGGGAGUCGCGCGUUUUCAGGGACAAGCAGCAGCACAUUGUUGUGAAAGUCGACCGCCUCGAGCAGAUAAAGAAGACGUUCAUGCAGGUCCAGGGCAAGGACCGGAAGCGAGUACGGGAUAUUGCAGGGCAGUUGGGCAUGGAGGGGCGGUACAGCCCGCGGCUGUACAUUGAGGAGAUUCAGCUGCACAACCUCACAGAGGAAGUGCAAGCUUUAUCAGCGGAGAGUGUGCUCAAGGAGCGGUUCCGAGUGGCGGAUCACCUGCUGCCGUCUGGGAGCCCCAUGGGUGCCCCGCUCUCCUCCUCCCUCACCCCGCCUCUUGUGUCAUCCUCCUGGACUCUCGGUCACAAGUUCGACCAGUCCAACUGGAGCAAGGACCAGCAGGGGGGACGAAUCAACGCUUCUCCGGACAGACUCGAGGCGUCACCCAGCAACGCUGCUACCUCUGCGAAUGACACUCCCUCAAGGCGACACAAGCGGGAGGGGGACCGGGAGAGAGCGGGCGCAGGAGGGAGGCAUGCGGAUAGUACAGGAGAAGGGGGAAGCAGCAGGAGAGGGGGGGGCGGCAAUGGCAGCGGCAGCGGCAGCAGGAGUCGGAAUAUGGGUCAUGUAGGGGUGGGGGAGGAGGAGGGGUUGGAGGGGGGAGGAUCGGGGGAAGCAGGGAGAGUGACGUCCCUGGUUCAAUCUCAGGAGCGGAUCUCUGAGCAGCUGACACUUGUCACCGACCGAUUGGACGAGCUGCUCUCGAGAUUGGACCUUGUUUCGGCCGGAUCAGCGGGGUCUGGGAGCGGGAAUGGGGGUGUGGCAGGGAAUGGUGGCAGCAGCAACAUCCAAUUGAGUCCUGCCACGUCAGCAUUGACCAGCCAGCUGGUGUCGGGGGGGAAUGGGAUGUUGGGAGGGAGGAACGGGAGUAGAGGCGAGCUGGCAGGGCCGAUUGAUAUAGGGUCAGGGAAUGGGGGGGAGAGGAGGAAUGGAGGAGGGGGUGGUGGGGGUGGAGGAGGAGGGAGUGGUGGUAAGGGUGGGAGUGGUGGGGGUGGCAGGCUCACUCCUGUUUCUGCUGCUGCUGCUGGGGGCGGUGUGAUGGGCCUGGUGAAUGGUGCUGCAGUGGGUGUGAGUGGUAACAGUCAGUGUUACGAUGUGAAUGCGGUGAAUGGGGUUGGGAGCGGUGCAGAGGGGCGAGGGUCAGCAGCACCAGGAUCAGCAGCAGCAGCUUUGGUGGUGGAAGUGAAGGAGAUCGCCAGCAACCAAAGAAGGCUCGCAUCUGAGCUCGAUUCGUUGGGUCGCCUCCUUCGGGACUCACUAGACUCUGACGGUUCCUCCUCCGCUCGCUUCCGCUCCUCUCACCCCCACCUUUCGCACUACUCGCUCUCAUCUUCCUCCGCCUCUGGAUGGUCCUUAUCUCGAGCAGCAACAGGCAUUGCGCUGCCAGCUAUUGCUGCUUGUGCCGUUGGGGUGGGGGUGGCUGUGCUGGUGGGAGUGCGGCGGUCAGUGCUGGGGGAUGUGCUGAGAGGCAGCAAUCCUGCUGCGCUGAGAGGCAGCAAUCCUGCUGCGCUGAGAGGCAGCAAUCCUGCUGUGCUGAGAGGCAGCAAUCCUGCUGUGCUGAGAGGCAGCAAUCCUGCUGUGCUGAGAGGCAGCAAUCCUGCUGUGCUGAGAGGCAGCAAUCCUGCUGUGCUGAGAGGCAGCAAUCCUGCCAGGUUGGGAGCCCAGGGACGCACUGAGAGGCAGCAAAUCAAACCCGCUGUGCUGCCAGGAUGGGCGAACGCCACGGAUGCCAUCCCUGCGAUCCCCCCUCCUCUUUCCCGGCCCCUCUGCCCCCCUCCCUACUACUUCCUCGUUUGCAGAGGCCGUGCUGUUAGCGCUGAGGGACGCGUUGAGGCACGGCAACCCCGAAGCCGCGCUGUUGGCGCUGAGGGACGCGCUGAGAAAAGGCUACCUCGCUGCGCUGCCAAUCUUGCUGCGCUGCCGGGAUGGGUGAAUGCGGAUCCGUGCGACCCCCCCUCUUCCCACUCCCCAAGCCUGCCUCUUCUCUCUUCCUCUUCUUCCGGUGCAGAGGCCGCGCUGUUGGUGCUGAGGGACGCGCUGAGAAAAAGCUACCCCGGUGCGCUGCCCGGAUGGGUGAAUGCGGAUCCGUGCGACAACUCGUGGACCCCUCGCAUCAAAUGCAACAGUGCUGGACGCGUUAUACGCCUGUGA